GGUGCCUUCGGCACGGUCUUCCUCGUCGGUCUCAAGAGUGCUGAAACUCCUCAGUACUUUGCCCUGAAGCAGAUGACAAAGCAGAGGCAUGCCAAGAAGAACAUCAAGAAGUGCGUAUACAAUGAGCGGGAUGUCCUUGCUCAAGCUCGAAAUAGGUGGUUCGUGGAGCUUUUCGCGACUUUUCAGGAUGCCAACCACAUUUACAUGCUCAUGGAGUUCUUGCCCGGUGGAGAUCUCUUUAAGUGGAUCGAGGUUAAGAACCGCUUCUCCGUGGACGAGACUCGGUUUUACAUGGCAGAACUCCUGGAGGCACUCGACGUUCUCCACAAGCACGGUUUCAUUCACAGGGACAUCAAGUUCGACAACAUGAUCCUCACUUCUAAUGGCCACCUCAAGCUGCUGGACUUCGGCCUUUGCAAAGCUGAGCCCACAGACGACCGGGCAGCAGCUCCGCCAAAAGAUGUUGCCGUUACCCACAAGAGCCCAUCCAAGCUGAAGUCGAGCCUGAAGCAAGGCGGGCCCAGCCCAAAGAGGCAGCAAGUUGCCACCCAGGUGGGGACAGUGUACUACAUGGCUCCAGAGGUCAUGCGCGGUGAGGUGAGCCCGGGGUCUGACAUCUGGGCCGUCGGGGUGAUGACGUUCGAGUGUUUGUAUGGCUCGCCUCCAUUCCAUGCCUAUGAGGAGGAUGACGAGGUGAAACGGCGGCAGGUGCUCAGACAAAUGGUCCUCAACCACAAGAAGGUUUUCCCUGCGAGGCUGGCAAAGGCCAAGAGGCACGGCGUUAUCACAGUUGAAGCCGAAUCGUUCUUGCAAGGCGUCAUUAGGGAUCCGGCCGAGCGCCUGGAUGUACAGGCUUGCAAAAAUCACGCCUUCUUUAGUGGCAUCGACUUUGCGCGUCUCCACCUAAUGGAACCUCCCUUCAAGCCGGAUCUCUCCGGACCCACGGAUCUUCGGAACUUCGACGAGCAUCCGUUUCAGCCGUUGCCCACGGCAGAUGCUUGCUCAGCCAUGAAGGACCCAAGCAUGGAAUGGGCCAACUAUGAGUUCGAUCGCACGGCCUACGAGCUUCAGCGACCCGAGGUGGUAAAGGACCUUCUCUCGCAGGAGCCAGGCCAAUCGCCUUGA